GGAGGUUCGAAGCACGGCGACGGCAUCAAUCAUGGGAAUGGUAGUGCGGACCCAGGACGGGGAAUGGUGGUGCGGACUCCUUCGUCUUCGUCUCGCUCCACUUCCUCACGAAGAAAUAAGAGCCUCCAACAAGCGACGUCCAUGCUGACGAACUACCUUCCCAGCUCUCUAGGG